GGCACUAACAGCCUGCAAUUUCAGGUUCUGAACAUGAGCAUGCUGGUUCAUCGAUAUGGACCCUGCUCGCCACUUGCGCCCUCCAAAUAUGUGACUGAUGCUCAAGGCAAGGAGACUCAUCAACUCCCUAUCCCGGACAAAGGUCUCAUAUUCGGUGGUGGGAACUACGUUGUCAAGCUUGGUUUCGGCACUCCUAUACGCAAUUUCUACUUGACUGUUGACACUGGCAGUGACAUAACCUGGAUAAGAUGUAAACCAUGCUCCAGUUGCCUUGGAGGACCGAAAACUACUAUUUUUGACCCUAAAUCUUCCUCAACUUUUCGCAAAAGCUACUGCAGUUCUUCUGAUUGCAGCAAGUCCAUCGAAUACUUGAUACUGCCUAUGCUAAAGGAUAUUGGGCAUCCGAUUCCCUCACAAUAUCGCCCGCUGACUCGAUCCAAAAUUUUAAUUUUGUCUGUGUUAACGAUACCAACACUUCAAACGUCCGGUUUGCUAGCAUUUGGACAUAGUGAUGAUAAUUCUCUGGUAACUCGGACUUCGAAUGUGUUUUGUCACUGUUUUCCUUCCGAAGAUGCAACAGGGUAUCUUCUGUUCGGCCCUGAAGCACGUGUAAAAUGCCAAGUUGGGAAUUUGACACCACUCAUAAGCAACCCACCAAAAGACGUUGGCAUAUAUUUCGUGAACUUUGUUGGAAUAAGCGUUGUCAACAAAACAUUGAAGAUUACAUCAUCUUCAACAGGCACCAUGAUAGACUCCGGAACUGUAAUUACUCGCCUCACCGGACAGUCUAUCAACAAUUCUCCUCUGUUUUCAGUAAACACAUGGAGGAAUACGGUCUUACUCGAACCAAUGGCUGUGAAAUCUUGGACACGUGUUAUGAAGACCGGGUACAAAUGCGAUACCGUGAAAUUCCCUACGGGAACGAAAUUGAGGGCGGUAUACCCAUCCUUGGUUAACCACCAGCUGCAGAAGCUGAAUGUUCUGUAUGAUAUCCAGAGAAGUAAGGUGGGAAUUGGGGCCGGUAACUACGGCCAAUGAUGCCCAGAAAAUCACAUCGGGACCUGAUUAGAAUAGAAGUUGUUUUUGCAAGACUUGGGUCAAUUUCUGCCGCUUUUUUUUUUUUUUUCAACCUACUUUCCUCUGUUUUGCCUGUUGAAGAAAGAUUGGAACAAUGAUAAAUGAAGAAGUCCAAUGCAUCCUUUCUUUUUUAUGAUAUUUAAUAGAAAUUCAUUACAUAA